AUGGAUUUGACCUUGAACAAUCUACUUCUAGUGUACCCUGUCUUCCUGCGUUGGCUAAAAGACACUGAAGCAGAUGAGACUCGUGAGGCCAUUCUUCGUAGUGCCAAAGGAGAAGUCGUCGACGAGACAAUUGUUAAGCAGAUGAGUGAAAAACUGCAAAAUUGUGAUUCGAACCUAUUCCGUAAGCACCGUGAUCGAACCAAACUGCUUCCGGGUUCAACGAAAGUUUUGGAGAAGGCAUUCAAAACGUCCACACACCCUCCCAAGAAAGUCAUUGAGGAUCUGGCCAAAAAACUGGAAGUGGACAAACAUGUGAUUCGCGUGUGGUUUUACAAUCGACGACAGCGACCAAAAUCAUCAACCGCAUAA